GAGUGGCAGGGGGGGAUUCCAGAACGGCUUAGAGCGGUGGGGUCUCCUGCACUCCCGGCAGUGCCUGGCGGUGGCCCCGCUGCCUGAGCCCUGUUGUGAUCUUGGUAACUUGGACCUGCCACCUUUUGUGACUCUGGGUGGUGAUUCCCCCCAGGCAGGGGGAGUGGGGAUGGGGCCUCAGGGUGUUGGGGGACACAGCUGGGCCCACCCCAAGAGAGCAGGUCUGAGCUGGAGCUACUGGCCCAGCUCGGGACAGAGCCCUAUCCACCCGCCCUUGGCUGGCCCACAGCCGGAUACAAGCGGGAAUUCCUGGCUCUGUCGUCACGGGAGCAGGUAUGACAGCCACGCGGGUGACACCGGGCCUAGGCACUCAGGUGCCUGACUCCACUGGGGCCGGUGGACAGGCAGGCAGACUGGCAGAGGGCCUCCCUCGGAGCCCACCCUCGGCCCAGCUCCUGUCCCACCAUGGCCCGGGAAGCCAGGCCCGCUGAGCCCCAGGGCAGGAAAGGCGGGGUGUUCCUCGCCUGUGUCUCCGUGGUGACCGCCAGGCGGUGGGCCAUCGCCCGCCGCACUGCUCUCCAGAGCCAGAGCCCCCCACCUUGGCCAACAACACCUCUGACGGCACCGGCCACCGAGAGCCCCACGCAGGAGAUCGGUGAGGAGCUGGUCGGCGGGGUCAUCUACUCUGUCUCCCUGCGCAAGGUGCAGGCGCACCACGGCGCCAGCAAGGGCCAGCGCCGGCUCGGGUGUGAAAAUGAGUCGGCCCUGAACCUGUAUGAGACGUGCAAGGUGCGGACCGUGAAGGCGGGCACGCUGGAGAAGCUGGUGGAACACCUGGUGCCUGCCUUCCAGGGCAGCGACCUCUCCUAUGUCACCAUCUUCCUGUGCACCUACCGAGCCUUCACCACCACGCAGCAGGUCCUGGACCUGCUCUUCAAAAGGUACGGUAGAUGUGACGCCCUCACGGCCUCCUCUAGAUACGGAUGCAUCCUCCCGUACUCCGACCAGGACGGCGGGCCCCAGGACCAGCUGAGAAAUGCCAUCUCCUCCAUCCUGGGUACCUGGCUGGACCAGUACUCAGAGGACUUCUGUCAGCCACCGGACUUCCCCUGCCUCAAGCAGCUGGUGGCCUACGUGCAGCUCAAUAUGCCUGGCUCUGACCUGGAGCGCCGCGCCCAGCUUCUCCUGGCCCAGCUGGAGCAUGCUGACCUCACCGAGACAGAGCCGGAGGCUCUUUCUCCAGCUCCGGCUCGGGAACCAACUCCAGAGCGAGAGCCAGCUCCAGGUCUAACACCCAGUUCAGUGCCAGCUCCAGAGCUUGAGCCAGCAUCGGCACCAGCUCCAGAGCUCAAGCCAACAUCGGCACCAGCUCCAGAGCCCGAGCCAGCAUCGGCACCAGCUCCAGAGCUCGAGUCAUCAUCGGCACCAGCUCUAGAGCUGGACCCAGUAUUGGCACCAGCUCCAACCCCAACCCCAACCCCAACUCCAGAGCCAGAACCAGCUCUAUUGCAAAGUCUAGAGCUAGAGCCAGCUCUAGCACCAGAACCUCCCUGGCCUUCGCCUGUGCCUGCAGAGAAUGGGCUGAGUGAGGAGAAGCCGCACCUCUUGGUGUUCCCUCCAGACCUGGUGGCAGAGCAGUUCACACUGAUGGAUGCGGAGCUCUUCAAGAAGGUGGUACCCUACCACUGCCUGGGCUCCAUCUGGUCCCAGCGGGACAAGAAGGGCAAGGAGCACCUGGCCCCCACCGUCCGUGCCACCGUCACGCAGUUCAACAGUGUGGCCAACUGCGUCAUCACCACUUGCCUCGGGGACCGGAACGUGACGGCCCGGGACAGGGCCAGGGUGGUGGAGCACUGGAUCGAGGUGGCCAGGGAGUGCCGAGUCCUCAAGAACUUCUCGUCCCUCUACGCUAUCCUGUCUGCCCUGCAGAGCAACUCCAUCCACCGACUGAAGAAGACGUGGGAGGAAGUUUCCAGGGACAGCUUUCGAAUCUUCCAGAAGCUGUCAGAGAUUUUCUCAGAUGAGAACAACUACUCCCUGAGCAGAGAGCUGCUCAUCAAGGAGGGGACCUCCAAGUUUGCUACCCUGGAGAUGAACCCCAAGAGAGCCCAGAAGCGGCCAAAGGAGACGGGUGUCAUCCAGGGCACCGUUCCCUACCUGGGCACAUUCCUCACAGACCUGGUGAUGCUGGACACCGCCAUGAAGGACUAUCUGUAUGGGAGACUGAUCAACUUCGAGAAGAGGAGGAAGGAAUUCGAAGUGAUUGCCCAGAUCAAGCUGCUCCAGUCGGCCUGCAACAAUUACAGCAUCUCGCCCGAAGAGCACUUUGGGGCCUGGUUCCGGUCCCUGGAGCGUCUCAGCGAGACUGAGAGCUACAACUUGUCGUGUGAGCUGGAGCCCCCUUCCGAGUCGGCCAGCAACACCCUCAAGGUCAAGAAGAACACAGCCAUCGUCAAGCGCUGGAGCGACCGCCAGGCCCCCAGCAUGGAGCUCAGCACCAGCAGCAGCUGCCACUCUAAGUCCUGUGACCAGCUCAGGUGUGGCCCCUACCUCAGCAGCGGGGACCUUGCCGACGCCCUCAGCGUCCACUCAGCCGGCUCCUCCAGCUCUGACGUGGAGGAGAUCAACAUGAGCUUUGUCCCAGAGUCCCCUGAUGGCCAGGAGAAGAAGUUCUGGGAGUCGGCCUCCCAGUCGUCCCCGGAGACCUCUGGCAUCAGCUCGGCCUCCAGCAGCACCUCCUCCUCCUCAGCCUCCACCACACCCGUGGCCAGCACACGCACCCACAAGCGCUCCGUCUCAGGGGUCUGCAACUACAGCUCCUCCCUGCCCCUCUACAACCAGCAGGUGGGCGACUGCUGCAUCAUCCGAGUCAGCCUGGACGUGGACAACGGCAACAUGUACAAGAGCAUCCUGGUGACCAGCCAAGACAAGGCUCCGGCUGUAAUCCGCAAGGCCAUGGACAAACACAACCUGGACGAGGACGAGCCGGAAGACUACGAGCUGGUGCAGGUUAUUUCGGAUGAUCGCAAGCUGAAGAUCCCUGACAACGCCAACGUAUUCUACGCCAUGAACUCUACCGCCAACUAUGACUUUGUCCUAAAGAAACGGACCUUCACCAAGGGGGCAAAGGUCAGGCAUGGAGCCAGCUCUACCCUCCCCCGAAUGAAGCAGAAAGGACUCAAGAUUGCCAAGGGCAUCUUCUAACUGGUCCCUAGCUGGCCAGCCCCAGAGCCACCCUUUCCAGGGUCUGGCUGGCCAGGCAACUAAGCACUUACAGACUGCAGUGGCCCAGGCCAGCCAGGCGGGCACCUCUGCCCAACCUGCCAGCCCAGGCCACCCCCAGACUCCAGUUUCACCCUGAACCUCUCCUGCUGCCGGGAUUGACGCCUGUGACCGAUGGGCUGACCUGGCCUCCCGUGGACCACUCGCUGCCUUAGGUGCCUUCUGCUCUCUGGAAUCAGAGGACUAGCUGACUUUUGCCAAGGAGCACUGCCAAUGGGCACGGAGCCCUGCCUGCUGCCGGGCACUGCCCUCUGUACACUUCCCUCACACCUUGCCAGGUGUGGGUUACUGCCAGCUGUGCCCAUGGGCACCCCAGGGCACCCACUCAUCCACCGGGUCUGACCACUGCAGUCCUCUCCUCGUGCCCUUGGGGGGGUCCCGGCCCCUCCUCCAACCACUCUGGCCUUUCUCAGGCUGCACCAAAGAGUCCAUCAUCAGGGCCAACUGAGAGUGAGGGAGUCUCACCCACUGCCCACUCUAGCCCUCCCCCGGGAGAGGAGAGAGAGACCCUCUUCAUGGACCACACUCUUAACCUGUGAGCAAGGACGGUCUCAGACGAGGCCCACUGAUGUCGAAUCUCGCAAUGCUGCAAGUGGCAUUCACCACUGCAUCCUGGGCUGUGUGAGACCACAAGGGACGGGGGUCAGUGGGGAAGGAGGCUUGUGGGGGGAGGGGGUGGGGAUUGAAUAUUUGUAUAAAAGGUGAAAAGAAAAUGUUUACCACUUGGGGAGGGACAAUAUUUAUUUGUUGUAAAUAGCAAAGGCUAGACUUGAAUAUUAUAUUAAAAUUCCGUUUCUACUCUA